GAUGGAUUGCAUUGCUUACGUCCAUAAUAAAGGCACUCACUGUACAGUCAGUCAGUCAGUCACUUGGUGGAUGUCACUUCUGUAAGGUAACACUCACACACACUUCCUUUUACACAGCAAUGCAGUCGACAGACAGACAUAUUCUGGGGGCACUCACACCCAGUUUAAGGACUUCUCCACUGCGUCGUUCCAGCCUCUGAUCUUCGCCUCAACAAAAUCCUGCACACAGACAGACAGACAGACAUAAAGGUACCCGUGUGCAUCAGCCAGCAGUGGCUGUCCGCUUGCCUGUGUGACGCCUGGGGUCCACCUCGUGUCGUGGUCAUUGAGGUUCUGGUCAAGCCAAUCGAUCAGCACAGACACACGCCCACACACACAUGCACAGAGGAUGAUGGUUGUGCUGCUGCUGCUUACAUUGAGCUCGUCAAGCGAGUCCCAAAAUCCCACACCGAGGCCUGAACACCUCCCAUCCAUGGCACACAUCACCAUAAGGGCGGCCAUGCCACGGUGGCCGCGGCGCAGUCGCGUCCGUCUGUGUGUGUCUGCGGCUGACUGACUCACUGACCGGCAGCGAAUGCAGCCCCCAUAGCGGUCACUUCGACGUUCUUGGGCUUCUCUGUUGAUCGACAAGAUACAUAGGUGUACAGUAGAUACACGCCGGUGGGUGCGGUGGCCGGGGGGCUCAGCUGCUCGAGUGCCUUGCGUGCCAUUCAAUGGCAGGGCAUACCGACAGUGGUUUGCACCAGGUUGGCAUUGAGCUGCAUGAAGGUGCUGUUCUUGGUCAUACCUGCAGUGCAACCAACACGGACGGAACCACACAGCAAGCCAACGACGUAAAGUAAGUAAAGGGCCACCCACAUGAAUUUCAGUAAUGGCUAUCCUAUCAAGAAUACGCACAGCACCUCCAUCUACUUUGAGCAGGGGCACGCUGUCGAUCUGCAUGUCUUUCCUCAUCGCCGCCACGAUCUGAUUGAUAUAUGGGGUGGACAGACAGACAGACAGACAGACAGAGAUGACGCUCAAAGCCCACGCGGAAAAGUGAGAAGCGGCCUGCCGCCGUCCUGUUCGGCGACUGACUCACACGCACCUCAUUGAGUUGGAAGGCGAUCGCCUCGAACAGCGCCCGGACGAUGUGGGCCUUGGUGGUGCCCUGGGUGAUGCCAACGAUGCACCUACGAACACACACCGAGAGACAGAGAAGCAUCCCUCCUAUCCCUCCCUCCCUCUCUCCAUCCAUCCAUCCAUCUCUUGGCUUGUUUGUCCAGCCACUCCACUCCCCUCACCCUCUGGCGUCCGACCGCCACCUGGGGGCAAAGAGGCCGGCGAAUGCAGGGACAAAGAACACGCCCUCAGUGUCGUCGAUGGCCCGCAGCAGCUGCUCGCUCUCCUGUGCCGUGUCGAUGGCACCCAGGUUGUCCUUGAGCCAGCUGAUGGCCGCACCAGCUAUGGCUAUCGACCCCUGACAGACAGAGGACGCACUUAUGUGAGCUGGUCGGUCGCAUGUUUGGCUUUGUGGUGACCUCGAUGGCCCAUGUGACUGGCCUGUCUCGGCCGAGCUGGUAGCAGGGAGUGGUGAGGAGGCCGUGGGUCGACAGCACCUUCUCCUCGCCUGACGGACCGACACCAAUGAACGAAUGCCACGCCAUUGUCCAGAUUGUCAGCAGGGAGGGAGGGAGGGAGGCAUCGUUCGGGUAGGUGGACUCACACCUGCGUUGAUGAGGAUGAAGGCACCGGUGCCAUAGGUGCACUUGACCUGCACACAGACACACACAGACACACACAUGACGGACGGUUCGAGGCACGAUGGGUCGGUCCGUCUUGUUGGUUGCCCGCUCACCUGUCCCUUCUUGAAGAGCCCCUGGCCAACACAAGCAGAUUGCUGGUCGCCCAGACACUGAACACGCACACACACACACACACACAAACAGAGCAGAGCAGAGCAGAGCACAACAGACUAGCCUCAUCUGCUGGCCAUCCAGCCAAAACGAGAGUGCGGCGUGUGGAUAAUCCCCCAACCCACUCCCACCCCAGCAAUAGGGACGUUCUCGAGAUCCGAAAGCCCCACGUCACGCAGCCGCCCGUACACUUCAGACGAAGACCUGACAAGACAGAGACAAACGAAAGGACCACAUCAGAUGCCGAUUUCCCCUGCCAGGUACACUCGUCAUUGGGACCAACCUGAUUUCGGGCAGGCAGCUCCUCGGUAUGCCAAAUACACUGAUCAUGCCAAACACAGUGCAGACUUGACAGGCAAACCCCUUUGUUUGUCUUGGCGGCUUACUCACUCACCCGAGCAUGUGGUCGGACCACGUGCAGGUGUUGAUGUCCAUUAGGAAGGUGCGGGAGGCGUUGGUCACGUCCGUCACAAAGGCACCGCCGUCAGCACCGCCAGUCAGAUUCUGCAAACGAUACACACACAGAUGGAUAACAGACGAUCACACAUUCGCCGUCCCGCCUACCUACCCAUAUCAGCCACGUGUCUAUGGUGCCGAUCAACGCCUCGCCGUCACGCAGAGCUGCAGCCAGCCGCUCAUUAGUUAGUCAUCCAACACAUCUCGAUGGAGGCUCCUCGUUGUCUGACCUUGUUCGAUGUGUGGGUGGUUCCUCAUGAGCCACAGCACCUUGAAGGCCGAGAAAUACGACGAUAUGGGCGUCCCGGUGAUCGACCGGAACGCAUCCUGAGACCAACCACACCAGACGACACCAGACCAGACGACACCGUCCCGCUCGCUCAUGGAUGGAGUGACACACAGGCAUCGUGGCUGUCAUGCGUACCGCUCCUCCGUACUUCUCCGAGAACUCCUGCACGAUGCCCGACGUCCGUGUGUCGAGCCACACUGCACAGAGGGGUAUACACACACACACGCACAGGAGGAUCCAUCAAGAGCCCUGCAGGCACGGUGUGGUGUGGUGUGCUGUCGAUUGAUGGAUGCAUCACACCCAUCAAUCACCGACCGAUUGCCUGGUGCAGCGGCUGUCCCGUCCUCUUGUCCCAGACCACGACCGUCUCGCGCUGAUUGGUGAUGCCCACUGCAACCACCUUGAGCGAACGGUGCUGAUGACACACAACACAUCCACGACCAAAAGGAGAAUCUCUCUGCUCAGGCAAGGACACUUGUGUGCGCGCGCCGUACCAGAGCGAUGGCCUCGAGCAUUGCGGCCCUCAUUGCCUCCUUGGUAGAGGCCAGAAUCUCCAUCGCAUCGUGCUGCACCCACCUGCAAGCAACCAAACACCAUGCACAAUCACAUGCAAUGGACCGUUCCUCUCGAUGGAUGCAUCAUGGCGCUUGCCCUGGUUUGGGGAAGAACUGCUCGUGCGUCGACAUGGCGUCGCUGACGACCUGGCCAGCAUGGUCCAGCAGCAUGAACCUCGUUGACUGAGUGCCCUGCUCACAGAACAGACACACGAAGAUCCAUCAUAUCAGUCCAGAUGCCCCCUUAUGUCCGUGCAGUGGUUGCCGACUGGCUGACCUGAUCAAUGGAGGCGACGAGGGAUAUCGGCUUGUCGCUCAUCUUCGUCGUUGCAAACAGCCGCAGAGAUCCAGGCAGCCAAUGAGUCGGGAACCGGAAC